GUUGAUCCCAGUAUUUUCCAGCUGCCAUGCCCCCAGCGGUGCGCUGGGAGAUUGUAGGGGGCAGCGACAAGGGAGGUAUCCUGGUCAGGGAGGAUGCAAGCACCAAGUCUGCUGAGCUGGGCCGCUUGAGCACCGGAGCCCUGGUAGAACAACUCCACCUGAAAGGCGAUCGCUUGCAGUACAAGCUGCUGACCGGUGAAGGUCCUUCGGAGGGUUGGGUCAGCGUGCAGCUCUCCGGCAAGCCGCUGGCCGUGCCCUGCAGAGAUGGUGAGGCCGCCGCCCAGGUGCCCAGCAAUGGCCACACGAACGGAACCAACGGAAGCAACGGAAGCAAUGGAACCCAUGGAACGGCGCAGACGCUUGAGGCGGAGGCGGCUCGGAGGAAGCAAUGGGCCACCUGGAGCCCCUUAAGCGACGGCGCCUGGGCCACCUUCCCUCGCUUUGGAGAUGGUGGGCGACCGACCAAUAUGAGUGCCUUCAAGAAGGUGGUCGGCGAGCAAGCCAAGGGCGAGUUUUGGGGCUUGGAGAUGCCUCUGACACCUCAGCAGUUGAAAGACAUGGGGCCUCAGUGGUUGACUCGGGCCUUGCACAAAUCAAAGGCCUUGCCCUUGGACAACGCUGUGGUGGGUUUCACGGAGUUUGUGGUGAAAGCGGCGAACACCACCGAGUCAACGGCCUCAGAGGAAGCUAGCUGGGGUGGUGCGGGCAUAAAGAUCCUUCUGGCGGUGAAGUAUAAACGUGAUCCACAGGGAGAUGAACCUGGCAAGGAGAUGUUUGUGAAGAUGCCCCAUGAGUUCACAGGGAAGAAUGAAAGGUUCAAGGUUUCCGUGACUCUGAAUGGAGACUGGGCAGAGACCAUGUUCUACAAUCUCCUGAGCGGCAAGCUGCCUGUGCGCACGCCUCGCAUCUACUAUGCAGAUAUGAAUCGCAGAACGACCAACUUCAUUUGGAUCAUGGAGCGGGUUCCAUACGGAAGUGACUGGAAGAAACCACUGGCUGUCAUGGACUUCCUACCUCCAGCUGGAAAGUAUCGAGACUGGGCAAUCCCAUGUGCGGAAGACAUGUACUACGCACACUGCCGAUGUUUGGCCAGGUUUGCUGGCUGGUAUUACCACACGGCGAAGUUCACAACACAAGUGGAUGAAUGCUUUGAUAGCCCAGAUGUGUUUCGAGUACAGAUGAUGCUACAUAAGAAGAUGGCGCCUUUGAAUUUGAAGCAGCGGGAUGAGUUCUUCAUGCAGUGUCUUUCAGAUCCCAAUCUCCAACCAUUCGUCAGCCAACAAAUUCCAGCAGAUGCAGCAGCGUCCUUCAUCAAAAUUGCAGAGGAGUUUGCCACGAAAAGCGCACCACAGUGCUUCCCUCCCAAAUUCAUGGAGAAGUCAAGAUUUCAAAAGGCAAUGUCAGAGGCCUAUGAAAUGUCCAAGUACAUCCAAGAGAUCAGUUUUUAUCAGAUGCUGAUCCCGGAAUACCGCUCCUUGGCCCAUCCCAAUGCCCAGAUCGACAAUGCCAUGUUUUGGAAGAACGAGUCUGGAGUUCUGGAAUGUGGCCUCAUUGACUGGGGAGGUGCAUCCUUUGCACCAGUCUCCUUCACCUUGGCUGGAAGCUGGAUUGGUGCUGAGCCCGGUUUUCUGCUGGAGCAUGAGCAGAAGUUGCUGCGCUUCUUCGCCGAUGAAUAUCGAGAGGUGACAAAUGUCGAGUUGGAUUUCGAGCAGCUCUACCAGAACUUCAAGCUAUGUCAGGCAGCUGGCAUCGCUGGAUGCUGUGCCAACGUGCAGUGGUGUAUGAGGCUGUUGGAGAAAAGCAAAUGGAAGGAGAUCCCCAAUCGCUUUGACAAGCGCAUUGAUGACACCUUCCUGUUACGCUGCUAUUUUGUCCAGCUGGAGUUUAUCCUUGCUUUGCUGCAAGAGCGAAGUCCAUAUCGGGCCUUCAAAGACUUUGUCAAAAGAGUUGGCCUCAAAGCUAAACCCUGAUGCGCCCGGCUGCCGGCUGCUUAUUCUUUUCCCAACAUGGACACUUUGGCAGGGAUAUGCAGGGAUCAACU